AAUACAACGCCUAGGCGUCUCUUACCAUUUUGACAGUGAAAUUGAUGAAAUUCUAAAAGAGAUGAGCUCUGAAUCUGAUGAUGAUAAUGAUGACCUAUAUGCAAUUGCUCUCAAGUUUCGGCUAGUUAGACAACAAGGCUAUAACAUGUCGUGCGAUGUUUUCAACAAGUUCAAGGACAGCCAAGGGAACUUCAAGGAUUCCCUUGUCAAUGACCACAGAGGAAUGCUAUGCUUUUAUGAAGCUACGCAUCUCAGGUUGCACGGAGAAGACAUUUUAGACGAAGCACUAGCUUUCACUACUGCUCACCUUGAGUCCAUGGUUUCGCAAAGUUCGCCUCUGGCAGCGCAAAUUACCCAUGCUUUAAAGCGGCCUAUUCGCAAGGGCCUACCCAGACUAGAGGCAAGGCAUUACUUCUCUAUCUACGAAGAAGAAGCCUCAUGUAAUAAAAUUCUGCUAUCUUUUGCUAAGCUGGACUUUAAUAUAUUGCAAAAACAACAUCAGAAGGAAUUGAGCGAUAUUGCGAAGUGGUGGAAAGAAUUAGACUUUGCAAACAAGCUUCCUUUUGCAAGAGACAGAGUCGUAGAAUGCUACUUCUGGAUUAUGGGGGUGUACUUUGAGCCUGAAUAUUUUCUGGCCAGAAGGAUUCUAACCAAAGUGAUUGCUAUGACCUCAGUCAUUGAUGAUAUUUAUGAUGUCUUUGGAACACCUCAAGAACUUGAGCUCUUUACAGCAGCAAUAGAAAGGUGGGAUAUUAGCGCAAUAGAUCAGCUGCCGGAGUACAUGAAAGAAUUUUACAAGGCAUUUCUUGAUGUAUAUACAGAAAUUGAAGAAAACAUGAUCAAACAGGGAAGAUUAUACCGUUUCUAUUAUGCAAAAGAAGCAAUGAAAAAACAAGUUAGAGCUUACUUCAUUGAAUCCAAAUGGUUCCACCAGAAAUACAUACCGACGAUGGAGGAGUACAUGUCCAUCGCAUUAGUUACCUCAGCCUAUGCAAUGCUGGAAACUACAUCCCUUCUUGCAAUGGGAGAUAUAGUAACGGAGGACUCAUUUGAUUGGUUAUUUACUGAACCUAAGAUGGUUACGGCCUCAGCAAUCAUUGGUAGGCUUAUGGACGACAUUGUAUCCCAUAAGUUUGAGCAAAAGAGAGGGCACGUUGCCUCCAGCAUCGAGUGCUACAUGAAACAACAUGGUGCUACAGAAGAAGAAGCUGUCCAAGAAUUUCAGAAACAAAUUGUGAGUGCAUGGAAGGAUAUUAACGAAGAGUGCCUGUACCCGACUUCCGUUCCUAUGCCUGUCCUAACAAGAAUUCUCAAUUUUUCACGAGUAAUAGAUGUUGUGUACAAGGAUGAAGAUGGUUACACACAUGCUGAAGAUGUGUUAAAAGAUUAUGUGUCUACUCUACUCAUUAAUCCCGUAAUAACAUAAGCUUGGGAUUAUUAGGACUUUUUAGUUUUCUUUUUUUUUUUUUUUUUAAGUAGUUGGUAUUUUAGUUUAAUUAAGAAUAAACCUACUUUAAUUAUUAAUUUCAAUCCUUUUAAUUUUAA